GAGCUGCCUAACAACAUCAUGGCGGCCCAACCUGAUUGGGAAGACAAAUAUAUGAUGCCGGAACAGGACGAUAGUGUUCGAAGGUAUUUCUAUUUUGUCAAGGAGAACGUCAGCUCAGACUGGAAGGACCUGGCCUUCCAUCUUGGAUUCACGCAACAAGACAUCGAUAACAUAACCAGUAGAAAUCGAGACGACAAGUCUUGCUGUAUGGACCUGUUGGAGGAAUGGCUGAAGGGUAACGGAGAGAGAGCCACCAUAGAGGUCCUGAUGGAGGCUCUGUCUGAGUCGAAGUUACAGAGUACUGUGGACGGUCUGAAAAACAAAUAUCCUGUAUUAGAUACAUCGCAAGCAUCUAGUAGCCAACAGAAAAGGAAAAAGGACAUAGGCAAGUUUCCAGCAAAGAAACAGCCUCAUUGUAAGAAAGAUGCGUUCAAGACGUCUGUGAAAGAGUACUAUGAGUUUAAGUUGUCAACUUUUCGGCCUCUGAAUUGGAAUGAUGACUUCACACUUCCCCUUAGAGAUAUAUUCACAGAGUUAGAGUUGAUACAAACAUGUAAAAAGCAGUCUAAAGGAAAUGUGGGGUUAACAGCAGUGAAGGUAAAAGAAAGAAAGAAUCUGAAUUCCCUAAGUGACUUGUUCACCCCCAUUGGCAAAGGGCAAUCAGCAUCACCAAGAUGCAUUCUGAUUGAGGGUGAAGCAGGAAUGGGAAAGACCACAUUUCUCUCAAAAGAAGCUCUCGAUGCUGUUUCAAGUAGAACAGAAUUAGGCAGACGGCAUGACAUUGUCCUGUUGAUCCGCCUUCGGGAGGUUAGAGAGGGGGACACUGUAGAGGAGAUUGUGUGGGACCAGUGUGUCCCUGAGACAACGGAAGGUAUUGAUGUACAGUCCAUCAAAGCAAUCCUACAGAGGAACGAGUCCCGAGUCCUCUUCCUCCUAGAUGGGUAUGAUGAGCUUCGGCCAAAGGCCAGGGCAGACAAGCAGGCCAUUCCCAAACUACUGUCUGGCAAGUUGUAUCUUAAAAGCACAAUUGUGAUCACCUCCAGACCCUCAGCUGGAGUUCCGGAGCACACUCAUCCAGACUGUCACAUACACAUUACGGGAUUUUCUUCAGAACAUGUGAAGAAAUAUGUGGAGCAGUACUUCACCAUUACAGGUAACCCUGAGCAAGCAGCGAAACUCAUCAACAUUCUUGAAAGAAGCAGGUUAGUUACUGACAUGAUCCACGCCCCAAUUUUCCUGCUGUUAGUCUGUCUGCUGUGGGAGGAGAAACCCGAGAUGGUCUCUCCAGGGACAAUGACUGAGCUGUAUGAGAACUUGGUGACAUGUAUGGGUAGAAAGCACUGUAAGAGAGAAGGAGUGGACAUGCCAGGAGAGAAGCUGCCAACAGAACUGGCAGACUCCUUACUGCAGUUCGGCAAGCUUGCCUUGGAGGCGCUGUUGAUAAGGAAUGAGACUCUGCUUGAGGUCUCUGAACUAGAGAUGAACCAUGUGAAUUGUGAUCUGAGUUUAAAGCUUGGCUUCGUUUCUUUGGAGGCUACUGUUUCAAAAUUGCAUCCCAGGAAACAGCUGAACUUUUCCCACAAAACAAUGCAAGAGUUCCUGGCUGGACGGUAUGCUGCUCAUGCUCUGAAGAAUCACGAGAAAAGUAUUGUUGAACUGCUGCAUCUUACCUCGAUAACCAAGGUGCUUGAACACAAUCACCUACUUCAGUUCACGUGUGGAUGUGACUCUCUGGCAGCACAAGUAGUAACUGAAGAACUGAGCAAGCUCAGCAGGAAGGAGUAUUCCAAUUUGCAACCAGAAGACUUUAAGAAGUCCCACAUCUCAGUGAAGCCAGAGAUGAAGAAAUCAGUUGAAUCCUACAGAAAGUUUUGCCUUAUCUGUCUUGGCAUCUUGAAUGAAAGAAAGCACCCUGACAUACUGCGGGCAAUUAGCAAAGCCCUGCCGGUCAUCAUUCUAGACAAGGUUGCAACGAGUAAAUGGCAUGCUGCUCUUAAGUACUACUUGGACAAUUUCCAGUUCGUACACCUCCCAGACAGAAUGAUGGUUGGGAUAUCUGAUUGUGAUGACACACCAGCACUGACGUACCUGGAGCAGACUUUCACAUCCCCCAUCCAGGGCUUGCAGUUGGACAUGAAUAUGAGCUACGUACGACUGGACUCACCUGAUAAAACAACCAGAGUCAUUUCGGUUAUGAGAAAUGUUCCUGGUCUGAGGACACUAGAUGCAUCAUGUACAGAGAUAACACCAUCAUCAAUGAAGCCACUCGUGCAGGGGUUCAGACACGUACCUCUGUUAGAGGAGUUAGAUCUUACAGGGAACUAUGGCCUUGGUGAUGCUGGGAUGGAAGUCCUACAGGUUGGGCUGUCAACUGUUCCACACCUGGCUGUAUUCCGCCUUAGAGCAGUUGGCAUGACGACUGUGGGCAUGGCAUCCCUGGCUCCCUACAUGUGUCAUUUGAUGAGACUGAGAGAGCUGGAUUUAAGUUAUAACGAAAUUGGUGACACCGGGCUAGAAUCUCUUACCACUAUCCUCCACACGUUCACUGCCAUGCAGGUGUUGAUCCUGUGGCACAUUGGUAUCAGCACCACUGGCAUGACAAAACUCGCCCUUGCACUACGUCAGUUAAGUGGACUAAUCAAACUGGACUUGGGAGAUAAUGCCAUAGGGGACCCUGGGUUGGAAUGCCUGGCUGCUAUCCUCCACCACCUCACAGCCAUGAAAGUGUUGAUUCUCAGUCAGACAGGUAUCAGUGACAAGGGGAUAUCAGCCCUAGUCAAAGAUCUGCCUCACCUGUUGGAGUUGCAGGUGUUAGAUGUAUUGGACAAUAGGAUGCAGGACUCAGGGAUUGUCUCAGUGGUGCAAACACUCGGCCAGCCCAGCACUUUGGACAUGAAACAAAACCCACCUGGUGACAAGAGUCUGACCACAGCCCCUCACCAUAACACUACACUACAUGUACAGGAGCUUUACAUCGGGGGGAAUGAGGGAGUAACAGGAGCCGGACUGGGGAGGGUCGCACAGCUCAUCGGAGCACUGCCAGCACUGACCUGGGUGGACAUGUCAGGUCACCGGGACACACCUGCACACCUGUCUGACACCGCUGCCAUCGAUCUGGCCCAGGCUCUGGCGAGACUCCCUGCCCUGGAGGAGCUGGCCCUAGAGAACAUCUCCAUGGAUCCUGCAGGGUUCCAGGCUGUGGUGAAGGCUGCUGAGCAACACCCAACACUUGAGAGGCUGGGGUACAGCAAAGCUCUAGUUCCUGAGGGAGCAGACAUCGCAGCCCAGUGCCUGACACUGACUGUAAGGCGGCACUGAUUCCUCAACAUUCCAAACAGUUCUCUACA